CCAUCACGUUCAGCUCCAGGCUAGUAACUGACCCUCGAAACAUAGAAGCACCGCGCUCUCUCUCCAACAUGUCCUCAAGCGAAUCCCCAAAGGGAAAGGGAACAUCGCCAGCGAAGGGUAAGAGAAGAAUACUAUCCAAAGGCAGAGGAGAAAAGCUAUCUAAGUCUAAAUCCGACGAAGCCCUGCGCCAAUCCAAACCCGUUGCCAAGCUCCCCGAAGGGCACCCCGAGUGGCUCAAACCCGCCCCGUACGACUUCUCAGGGGCCCCAGUGCCCGCAAACAAGAAACUCCACGGGAACGCGUACGGCGAGAUGCUCCCCGGCGUCGCUGCUAGGAUUGAACAGAAGAGUGCAGAGAUCAGAGCUGGUGCGACCGCUGAUGGGACUACAUCACCGGAUGGGAAGAGACCGCGGGAUAUGGCGGCAAGGGGAACGCCAAAGCAGUGGUGGAGGUGCUGUAAGUGUGAGGAGGUGUACGUGGAUGUUGGGGCGGAGGUGUGCUAUAAUCACCGAGAGGACGAUUAUCAUUUGAGAUGUAGGGAGUGCUCUGGCAAUUCGGGUUCGAGGCCUGAGACCGUUCAGAGACCUAAGACGCCGCGCCCGGAGCAGGAUGAGUGGUCUUAAGAGAACUGUAUAGAUCAUCUCAUUUUCUGUUGAAUGAGGUUCGGCUUUGUGCAUGGCUGGUAUUUCAUCCUUGGAGAUUAGACGUAGACUCUAAUUUCCAUUUUAGUAUAUCGAUACUUUUGGUAGCAUUGCUGGAAUGAGUGCUUAUGCUGCC